UGAGGGGGUGGGGAGAGGGGUGAACUGCAAAAUGUGUGUGUGGACUCGCUUUCUCUGUGGUCACAGAAAGCGAGUGUUUGUGUGCCUUUACCAAAAAAAAAAGAAAAAAGAAAAAAAGAAAUGAGUGAGAGAAUGGGGAUAAUGCACAAACGAUAUGGUGCAGUCACUGAUGCUGAACAGACUUUACUGAAUGACUCACUGGGGAGACAGGAGGGAUCCGUCUGUGACUGGGUUGAGGUUUCCGUGUCCUUUAAUUUCGCCGCUACACGGUGCGCAUUCCGAUUCAGGCAGGCCCGGGAAGAGUCCGAGGCAGGCUUUCUGGUCCACAGGUGCAUGAAGGGCUGAUAUGCAACGGAGGUGUGUGUCCCGGCGGGCUGUCGGAUACUGUGCGCUAUACUCCGAAGACACUAAAUAAUGCGCUGCGAGCUCAGAUGUCAGCUGUGACUUUACACGGAGAAAUAGCAUGCUACAGUAAUAAACUGUUUGGGAAGCGACUUCUACAGGCCAGGCACUUUAUUAUGUCACGGAAGUCCUGGUUAAAGAUGGUUCCCACAGAGAACUGUGAUAUACUGAUGACAUUCCCAGACACAAUAGAUGACCACACUCUGCUGUGGCUCCUUAAUCAGAUUCGAGUUGGAAUCCCACAAGUCAGCAUCCAGGUUCGACAGCAUAAACACACCCAGGCAAACGCCUUCUUCAUCACAACAACGUUUGAGAACUUACUGCGAGGAGCGGAGCAGAUGGGCAUGCACAAGAACGUUAAACCACAGUUUGGUGGUGGCAUGCGGCGCUUUUCCUGUGAGGAGGACAACAUCUAUGAGAACAUUGAGAGCGAGCUCUGCUUUUUUACCUCUCAGGAGCGCCAGAGCAUCAUUAAGUAUUGGCUCGAUAACCUGCGAGCCAAGCAGGGGGAGGUGCUUCACAACAUUCACUUCCUGGAGGGACAGCCAAUCAUUCCAGAGCUGAUAGCUCGGGGGGUGAUCCAGCAAAUGUUUCCUCUUCAUGAGCAGAGGAUACUCAACCAGCUGAUGACAUCUUGGGUCCAGGCUGUAUGUGAGAGGCAGCCCCUCGAUGACAUCUGUGACUACUUUGGGGUGAAGAUUGCCAUGUAUUUUGCUUGGCUGGGUUUCUACACCAACUCCAUGCUUUAUCCUGCUGUCAUUGGCUUUCUCCUCUGGAUGCUAGCAGAGGCUGACCAGACCAGUCAGGAUAUCUGCUGUGUGGUUUUUGCCCUCUUCAACGUUGUGUGGGCGACUUUGUUUCUGGAGCGCUGGAAGAGGCGAGAGGCAGAGCUGGCUUACAGGUGGGGCACUCUGGAUACCCCCACAGAGUCCUUAGAGGAGCCCAGACCUCAGUUCAGGGGAGUGAAGCGUUGCAGUCCUAUAACUGGCUGUGAGGAGUUCUACUACCCACCCUGGAAGAGAGCUCUGUUCAGAUGGCUGGUCAGCCUGCCCAUCUGCCUCCUCUGUCUCUGCUUCGUCUUCCUUGCUAUGCUCCUCUGCCUAGAACUGCAGGAAGUGGUGAUGGAGAUUCAGGAGCUGCCUAGUAUUACAAGAUUCAUUCCGAAGAUACUUCUGGCCAUGACAGUAACUGUAUGUGAUGAAGUGUAUAAGAAGAUCGCCUACUGGCUCAAUGACAUGGAAAACUACAGACUCCAGAGUGCCUAUGAGAAUAAUCUCAUCAUCAAGAUGGUUUUUUUUGAAUUCAUCAAUUCUUACCUUAGCCUUUUCUACAUUGGAUUCUACCUCAAGGACAUGGAGAGACUAAAGGAGGUAACCACAGUUUUAUUUAUUAAAAGUAAUUUUAUCUUCAAAUGCCCAAAUGUCACUUUGCUGAACACUGGGCACCGUGGCCCAAAGUAGCGACUCUACACCUGAAACUUGGCAGUUUGCAGUAGUAACCUUGUUGUUGUCUGCAAUUUUAUCAACCAAACUGAUUAACCAAAGGAUUUUUUUCAGCUGCAGACAGCUUGGUUAUUAAGUUAAAAUGAGCGCCAUAUUUUAUUUAGUAUUUGGGGGCUUUUCACAUGAGUUCAUUUCCAUUUAAGUCAGGAAGUGGAAAUAAAACAUUACAUUAAUGGUUGUUGAUAUUAACUUUAUAUCUAAUUCAGGUUCAGCUACAAAGACAUAAACUAACAACCUCAAACCAUAUGAUCACAUGACAAAAAUGACUUGAAUAUUCAAAUUCAUAAGGUCCCUAUUUUG